AUGAUGAGCAAGAUUGGCGAGUUGAGUCGGCAGCAAUGGCGAGCAUCUACGAGAAUUCUUAUUUCACUAUCACCGCGGCUACGGCACGGGCCGACGAGGAAGGUUUCCUCAAGGAGAGACCAGAAUGCCAUCUAUCCCGUGGUGUCACAAUGGGCAUCUCGUCCCGUGAAAGAAUUCGGCAUGAAAGCAACAACAAUCAGGAACCCAUUUGGUCGCUAG